AUGAGAAGAACAUCUUUGUUUUUUGACGCAAAUUUUAACAUAGAUGAGGCUAUUAAUCCCAUCCUGGGUGCGGAAGACAUCUUGUGUUCAACUUUAGUAUGGUAUUUUUGGUUAUUCUUGAAUAAUCCGCAAGUGGAGAAGGAAAUCGUCAGAGAAAUACUUGAAAAAAGGAAAGUAAUAAGGAAAUGGUUCCCUCAAGAAUCGAAGCAAGCAAUGGAAAAUGACAUUUGGCCUGACGCAACAAAAGUAAAGAAGGGAACACGUGUUUUAUACAACAUUUUCGAGAUGGGGCGAUUACCAGAACUGUGGGGUGAAAAUUGGAAAUCAGAGAGGUGGUUGGAGAGAGACGGUAGAACAGGGGAUUGGAGAUUUAUUCCAAGGGACCACAUAGCCAGUGUUUCAAGUAAGGCCAAGGACUUGAAGGUGAUGUAUCUAUUAUCUUUUAGAAUUGGUUGGGUUAUCAAAGCAGCUCUGGGAAUAGCCUAUGCUAGCAAGUUAAAUGGGGGAGAUGCCUCUCUAGCCGGAAUGAUGAAAAUCAAUAUUGAUGGUGGUAGUAUUGAGAAAAGAGCUAAAGCUGGAAUAGGUGGGGUUACUAGGGAUGAAAGAGGGAUAUUGAAAGAUUUUACAAUGGGAAUUUUGCCAAUGGCAUACUAUGACGAGACAAAAGAAACAGGAUUCCUACAGAUAAGAGACCCUUCAAAUGUCAAGCAUAUUCUCAAGACUCGCUUUGAUAACUACCCCAAAGAGAGCAGGUUCACAGAAGCUUUAUCCGAUUUGUUCGGGAAGGGCCUUUUCCUCGUCGAUGGCUCGGAAUGGAAGUCACAGAGACAGUUUUUGCGCCAUGAUUUCUAUCCGAAAGAGUUUCAUGCUUAUAUAUCUGUAGCAGAGGAAGAGCUCUCAGGUCGUCUUGUCCCUUUUUUAAGUAAUAUAGCAGCUCAGGAAAAUGCCGCUACUACAAUUGAUCUCCAGAAUACAUUUAGUCGAUUCAUAUUCGAUGUGGUAUGUCGGAUCGGGUUUGGGUUCGAUCCAAAGUAUUUAUUUCCUUCUCUGCCACCAACCCCUUUAACCGACACUUACAAAACUGCAGUGAAGUUGAGCAUGGUUAGGUAUGGUACCUUACCCCUGAUAUGGAAAGCUAAAAAGUUCUUCAACCUAGAUUCGGAGAAAAGACUCGGGCUCUUGGUUGAUGAACUUCACAAAUUCCUGGGUAAUAUUAUUGCAAAAAAGAAGGAAAGAUUAGUCCUGAUGGAGGACUUGGAGGACAAAGACGUGUUCGCAAGUAUAUUGAGAAGGGCACAGGGUGAACAACUAGACGAGACAUUCCUCCUUCAUACAGCCAUUAACUUUAUCUUGGGAGGACUGGAUACAUCGUGUUCAGCUUUAACGUGGUUUUUUUGGCUGAUCUCGAGUAACCCAAAUGUGGAACAAGAGAUUGUCAGGGAAAUUAGAGAGAAAGAUGGUCUAAGCGACAUGGUUUACACGCACGCUUGUAUAUAUGAGAGCAUGAGACUCUAUCCGCCCGUCCCAGUGGACACAAAAGAAGCAGUGGAAGACGAUGUUUGGCCUGAUGGGACAAAGGUAAAAAAGGGGACGAGCAUAAUCUUCCACAUAUUCGCUAUGAGAAGGUCACCAGAAUUGUGGGGCUCAGAUUGGGCUGAUUUUCGUCCCGAAAGAUGGUUGGAGAGAAGAAGUAGUGGCACAUCCAGUAGUGAUGAUUGGAAUUUCAUCGCGAGAGACCCUUUCACAUAUCCAGUGUUUCAAGCAGGGCCCAGGAUUUGUUUAGGAAAAGAAAUUGCAGUCCUGCUGAUCAAAAUGGUGGCUGCCACCAUCCUAAAGUGCUUCCGAGUCAUUCCGGCUCAGGACAAUUUCUCUCCACAUUAUCAUGUACUGAUGACAUCAAGGAUGAAACAUGGCUUUCCAGUAAGAAUCAUAGAGCGUCAUUGA